AUGAUGAUAGAGUCAAAGACAGAGCUCUUCACCGUGGCUGGGACUGACACUGUGGACUCAGGGCCAGGUUCAGAGGUUUUCAACUCCAGAAAGAUAGUCACCACCUUUGAGAGAUAUAUCCAGCCGUGCUUGGCUGAGAUGGUGGGAUGCAGUCUCUUCAUCUUCGUGGGAUGCGGGUCUGUUAUUGAGAAUGCCGACGUUCCAGGGAGCAUCCAGCCUGCUCUGGCUCAUGGACUGGCGCUGGCGAGUGUUAUCGCUGUGCUGGGAGAGAUCAGGUGAGGACAUGCUGACACCUGGUAACAUCUCACUCCUCUAAGGUCAGAAAGUAUUAGGAUGUUUUUAUGAAUUAUUUAAACUUUGGGCUAAAAUAUAAUUUUUUUCCCAUGACCUGAGAUUUACAGUUAUAACGCGUGUAUGAAUCUCUUUUAUCAAUGUUUUACUUUUUGCAAUGUGAUUUUACAUCUCCUAAUGCAUGAGUAUCAAUAUCUAGUAUUAAACAUGACAUGUGUUAUUCUGUCUGAAUCCAGUGGUGGCCACUUCAACCCAGCUGUGUCUGUAAGUGUGUGCGUCAGUGGAGGACUGGACGUCAUGCUACUGGGGCCGUAUAUACUCUCCCAGAUG